AUCAUUAGAAUAUUCGUAAAUUAAAUAAGGGACAUGAAUGAUGUCGAAAAUGAUGCAAAUUUGGAUACUAACACAUUUAUUCAGUCUCAAAGCAAAAGAAAAUCAUCUCAUGUUUUUUCUCCUAAUUCUUUGAAAAAAAAAAUUUCUGCGCCAUGGAAAUCUUCAUUUAGUAAUGUUCAUGAUGAUGAUACAAAUGGGAAGAGUGAUAAGGGAUAUCAAAUGAAUGAAGGAAUUGCUGUUACUAAAUUCAGUGAGCCUGAAUUAAAGCUGGCGUUUGACCCAAAAGCAGAGUUUGAGCGUUUAAUGAAUACUCGUGCAGGUGGUAUUUAUGUUCCACCUGCUCGAUUAAAAGCAUUACAGUCGCAGUUUACUGAUAAAGAGAGUAAAGAAUAUCAGCGCAUUUAUUGGGAGGCCCUUAAAAAAAGUAUCAAUGGUCUUAUUAAUAAAGUUAAUACUUUAAAUAUUAAAAAUAUUGUUAUUGAAUUAUUUGGUGAAAAUCUUAUUCGUGGUCGUGGUCUUUAUUGUCGAUCUAUUAUGAAAGCUCAAGCAGUAUCUUUACCAUUUACACCAAUAUAUUCAUCCUUAACUGCUGUAAUUAAUACAAAAUUACCUUCAAUUGGUGAAUUACUUCUUACUCGUUUAAUUGUUCAAUUUCGAAAAGCUUACAAAAGAAAUGAUAAGUUUUUUUGCUUGUCUUCUACUACAUUUAUUGCUCAUUUGAUUAAUCAUCAAGUUGCUCAAGAAUUGGUUGCACUUGAAAUACUAGCAUUGCUCUUAGAAAGACCUUCAAACGAUGCGGUCGAAGUUGCUGUGGGUUUUAUGAGAGAAGUUGGUGCAUUUUUGGCAGAUGUUUCUCCUAGAGGAAGUAAUGCUGUUUUUGAAAGAUUUCGAGCUAUUUUACAUGAAGGUGCUAUUGAGAAGAGAGUUCAGUAUAUGAUAGAAGUUCUUUUUCAAGUUAGAAGAGAUAAAUAUAAGGAUAAUCCUAUUAUUCCUGAAGGUCUAGAUUUAGUAGAAGACGGCGAUCAAAUUACUCAUAUGUUAAGUUUAAAUGAUGAAUUAGAUGUUCAAGAAGGUUUAGGUAUAUUUAAAUAUGAUCCACAAUGGCAAGAAAAUGAAGAUCAAUAUAAGAAGAUUAAAGAUGAAAUAUUAGGUGAAGAUAGUGAUGAAUCUCAGGAUAAUGAGAGCUCAUCUGAAAGUGUUGAACAAUCAGGUGAUGAUAAAAUAACUAUAAAAGAUGAAACAAAUCAAGCAUUAAUUAAUCUUCGGAGAACAAUAUAUCUUACUAUUAUGUCCAGUGUUAAUUUUGAAGAAUGUGCUCAUAAACUUAUGAAAAUAAACAUUGUAGAGGGACAAGAGAUUGAAAUGUGUAAUAUGAUCAUCGAAUGUUGUAGUCAAGAAAGGACUUAUUCUCGGUUUUAUGGUUUAAUUGGUGAACGAUUUUGCAAAAUAAAUCGUUUUUGGACUGAAAAUUUUGAACAGACAUUUUUAAAUUAUUAUGAUAUUAUACAUCGUUAUGAAACAAAUAGACUUCGUAAUAUUGCUACCUUUUUUGGCCAUCUUUUAUCAUCUGAUGCUAUAAGUUGGCACGUUAUGCGUUGUAUUCAUUUGAAUGAAGAUGAAACGACUAGUAGUUCUAGAAUUUUUGUUAAAAUUUUAUUUCAAGAGUUGAUGGGAGUUCUUGGUAUACGCGAAUUAGAUGAACGUUUGAAAGAUCCACUUUUACAAGAGACUCUUUCUAAUAUGUUUCCUCGGGAUAAUCCAAAAAAUACUAGAUUUGCAAUAAAUUAUUUUACUUCUAUUGGAUUAGGAUUGAUAACUGUUUCAUUGCGUGAGCAUUUGGAAACUAUCAAGAAUACUGUUACAGUAAAUCGAAGUCUUUCUAAAUCUUCAUCAUCUUCAAUUAUAUCUUCCUAUACUACAUCAUAUUCAUCUGAAUCUUUAUCAUAUCCCAAUGAUACUUCAGAGUCAGAAUCAUUGAAUCGUUCAAGAUCUCGUCAUCGGUCACCUGCUCGUCAUAGAAUGAGAUCCCCUCGAGAUAAUCGUUCAAGGCCACGUUCAUGUUCAUUAAAUCGUUCUAGAUUGCAAUCUUCUGAGUCGGAAUCAUUGAAUCGUUCGAGAUCUCGUCAUCGGUCACCUGCUCGUCAUAGAAUGAGAUCCCCUCGAGAUAAUCAUUCAAGACCACGUUCACGUUCAUUAAAUCGUUCUAAAUUGCAAUCUUCCGAGUCAUUGAAUCGUUCGAGAUCUCGUCAUCGGUCACCUGCUCGUCAUAGAAUGAGAUCCCCUCGAGAUAAUCAUUCAAGACCACGUUCACGUUCAUUAAAUCGUUCUAAAUUGCAAUCUUCCGAGUCAUUGAAUCGUUCGAGAUCUCGUCAUCGGUCACCUGCUCGUCAUAGAAUGAGAUCCCCUCAAGAUAAUCGUUCAAGGCUACAUUUACGUUCAUUAAAUCGUUCGAGAUCUCGUCAUCGGUCACCUGCUCGUCAUAGAAUGAGAUCUCCUCAUGAUAAUCGUUCAAGGCCACGUUCACGUUCAUUAAAUCGUUCUAAAUUGCAAUCUUCCGAGUCAUUGAAUCGUUCGAGAUCUCGUCAUCGAUCACCUGCUCGUCAUAGAAUGAGAUCCCCUCAAGAUAAUCAUUCAAGGCCACGUUCACGUUCAUUAAAUCGUUCUAAAUUGCAAUCUUCCGAGUCAUUGAAUCGUUCGAGAUCUCGUCAUCGAUCACCUGCUCGUCAUAGAAUGAGAUCCCCUCAAGAUAAUCAUUCAAGGCCACGUUCACGUUCAUUAAAUCGUUCUAAAUUGCAAUCUUCCGAGUCAUUGAAUCGUUCGAGAUCUCGUCAUCGAUCACCUGUUCGUCAUAGAAUGAGAUCCCCUCAUGUAUAA